UGUUUAGGUACGACAUGGACGCAGGAGAUUGUCCCUCUGAUCAUGAGUGGAGGAGAUCCAGCAUCUGUGGAGACUCUUCCUAACUGGGAACGUGUUCCCUGGCUGGAGGAAAUUCAGGCCUACACAUUUAACCUUGAACAGAGGGCGUCUCCACGAAUGUUAACCACACACUCCCCGUACAACAUGAUGCCUCCAUCCUUCUUUGAAGUGAAGCCCAAGGUCAUCUAUGUGAUGAGGAACCCCAAAGAUGUGUUUGUAUCUUCCUUUUUUUAUCAUGGGACGGCUUCCUUCCUGGUAAACCCAGGCCCACAGACCGACUUCCUCCACAAGUUCCUUGAUGGAAAAGUUAUGUUUGGCUCAUGGUUUGACCAUGUGAAGAGUUGGCUGAAUGCUGAGGAUAAAGAGCACAUCAUGCACAUCUCCUAUGAAGAGAUGAUAUUGGACCUGAAGGACUCUGUGGGCAGAAUCGCUCAGUUCCUGAAUAAAUCUCUUGACCCUGAGGUGAUAGAGAAGAUAGCCGACCGAUGUUUGUUCAAGAACAUGAAGAACAACAACAUGUCAAACUAUUCUGCGGUUCCUCGUGAAUUCAUGGACCAGACAAAGUCUGAGUUUCUCAGGAAAGGCAUUGCUGGAGACUGGGAAAACCAACUAACAGUAGCAGAAGCAGAGUACUUUGAUUCUGUUUACAAAGACAAAAUGAAAGAUGUGAAAUCGAAAUUUGUAUGGGAUUUAAAAACACUUAAUGGAAAUAAUUAAGUCAUUCCUCUCUGUAAUGAUACUCUAAACCCUCUUUGUGUUCACACUCCAGUAGAACAUUUUGCAUUGCACCAAAAAGCAAGUCAUUGUCAUGGCUGGUAAAAUGUGUUUUUAAAAGUGCUUUCUAACGUACUGCCUACUCAAUCUAUAUUUACUUCAUACUGACUGUGCAAUUAACAAUAGAGUAUGCUAUUACAGUAUGCUCGAGCAAUAGAGCUUUUUUGGAUUAAAUAACUACAUGAAUUGAGACUUUAACGAGUAAAUGUUGGAUACAAUUUUUUUUACAAAAUAAAUCAAUAUAGAAUUCUUGAUAGUUUACAUUGUUGACCAAAACCGACAUAUCGUCUUACAUACUGUUACUCUACUAUUGUUAUUGGUUGUGUGUUGUCGGUGGCCAAAUACACAACAUAAAAAUGUUAAGGAAAUGAAUAGGCUUUUUUUGUUUGUAAGCCUCGAGAAAAAAUAAUACAUUUAAAUAAAAUCCAGAUUAUAUCUCAGUUAACCAUAUAGAAGAAUCCAAAUAAACUAACAAUGUUUUGUUCUUCAGAGGCACAUCACUUCAUUAUUAGUUUAAUGAAAAAACAACAGUCGGAUAUACAGUAUAUUAUCAAUUUAGCUGUUAGUCACCAAUCUCUCCAUAACAAUGAAGCAGCGGCCUCUACUGGCGAGUUAGGGAUGGGUGAAUCAGGAGUCACCCAUUAACAGUCAAACAUGUUUUAAACUAGUACAUAACCACAGCAAGGAGAGGUCCUUGAACAUGCAGUCAUAAUUGAGCACAACAGAUAUUAGGCUGGUUGGUCAAGUGGUAUUUUAGUUUAUCCCGGCGGUGCUCACACACACCAUCACAAGAUGUCCCAAGAUGUAAUUUGAGAGUGCAUUGAGGGAGAAUGCUUCUGUGUAUCAAAUGAAACUAGAGUGAUGCAUCUAGUAAUGGAAAAGUCUAUACAAUGAGUUUAAACUGGUUUUGAAAUAGUCUCAAUUCAAUAAUGAUGCCUCUAUAUUGUUAUGAGUGUGUAUUAGCCCCUUUGUAUCAUAUUUGUUAUAAACUCUGCACUCCUGAGCUGACAAUUCAUUAUCUCAAAAAUAACAUGUAAACCACCUAUAACUGAAGUAAGCAGUAUUAUUUUUAUCUUUGCGAAAUAUCUUUUUCAUUUUUCUUUUUUCAGACAUUCCUUUAUUAUAGCAUCUUUAAAUACCGAUCAUGUAUAUUGAUUAAUAAAUAAACAUUUCUCUUAA